AUGGAUUUGUCGACUCAAAUGAAUGCCAUGAAUGGGUCGACGAAGAAGACCAGUAUCUGUCGCUACUUCGCUUCGGAUGGCAUUUGCUUCUAUGGCAGUGACUGUCAGUUCUGGCACAACCAGUCCGGCCACCCAUCGGGUCACCAGUCGGGUCACCACCAGAACCACAAUCAGAACCACUCUGCGUCCCGGUCUUCACUGCCGCCACAGAUGGACGCGUCCACACACUUGCCCUCCGAGUCGCGACUGCAGACAUAUAUGCAUCAAAACAAUGGCAAUAAUGGCAACUCUUAUUACCCGAACGAGUCAUCCAUGUCUUCACUGCCACUCAAUGCUCUGACCAUCGAUUCACACAACACUCGGAUCGGUCGCAAAGGCAUCACUUCAUCCAAUACUCAUUCAUCGAGUUCUGCGCCAAUCGUCGCACAACUGCAGCAAACGACACAACAAUUGAUUCCCAAUUACUUCAUGACUGACGCCAUCCGACAAGAGUUGAUCCGAAAGCUGAAUGUGACGCAAGAGAUGGCUUCCAAUGACAUGUACUUAGAGUUGCCUCAAGUGGUGGACGUAUACCACGAUUUGGUGCCACUCGAGGCCUCCAUAUCGAGCCCUUCGACGACAUUCAAUGACAUGAUAUGCAGUGUCUUCAGAGCGACGAACAGCAAAAACGGUGAGCACUUCUGCUUAAGACGUCUGCACUCGUUUCAGCCCAACUCAUCCAACGCUAAACAGAUGAUAGCAGCCAUCGAGUCGUGGAAGAAGUUGUUCCACUCGAAUGUCGUCCAAUUGAGACAAGUGUUUACCACCAAAGCGUUCGGCGAUAACUCAUUGAUCUUUGUCUACGACUACCACUCGAUGGCCAACACUCUGAUGAGUCAUUACUUCUCGCACUCUUCCAAUACAUCCAGUUCUUCGAAUUCAAUGAACGGCUAUUCGACGUCUUCGCGACCAUACAGUCAACAGCAAAGUCAACGCAAACUACUACCGGAGCCCUUGAUUUGGAACUUCAUUAUCCAGAUAUCGUCGGCAUUGCGAGCCAUUCACUCCUCAGGUCUGUCGUGUCGAGCAUUAGAUCCAACCAAAAUCAUCAUCACAUCUGGCAGUGGGAGUACCGGUGCUAACAAUUCUCAGGAUUAUCCGCGCCUUCGACUCAGCGGUUGUGGAGUUUUCGAUGUCUUCACUAACGACUCAUUUCUCAACACAAAUAACCCGAAAGUAUUGGCCCAACACUUCCAACAGGAAGACCUGUUAGCGUUCGGCAAACUCUGUCUCGUGUUGUCCACAAACAACAUCUCGUCGGCCGCACAGCGCGACAGUUGGCAGACAUCGUUAGACCUGAUCUCGCGGUCCUAUUCGCCAGACUUGCGAUCUUUGAUUUAUUACUUACUCUCGUAUAACAGCAGUUCCGGUACAACGCAUACCAUCAAUGAUAUCAUGCCUAUGAUUGGCGCGCGUUUCUACACACAACUCGACUCUCUCUACCAGAGGGACGACUCCCUCCACGACGACCUCCAGAAGGAACUGGACAACGGACGGGUCCUCCGACUGCUCGUCAAAUUCGGAACCAUCAACGAGAGGCCCGAACUCCAGUUGGACCCCAACUGGUCCGAGACGGGUGACCGUUAUCUCCUCAAACUCUUCAGAGAUUACUUAUUCCAUCAGUUGGCAGAUGACGGCCAUCCGUGGCUUGAUUUGGGACAUAUUGUCUCCAAUCUCAACAAACUGGACGUCGGCUCACCCGAGAAGGUAUGUCUCGUCUCACGCGAUGAACAGAAUAUUCUCAUCGUUUCAUUCGCCGAACUCAAGCGCUGUUUCGAGUCAUCACUCAAUGAAUUAAUGAUUUAA